AUGGAAGGAGAUUUCCGUUUAAUUGAUUUUGCAUUGGCAGAAAAGCCUGGGCUUGCUGGGCCGAGCGUCGGAGAUAUCGCAUGUGAAGGUUCUGGCUGGAGGCGAACGAGAUUACAGGAGGGGGGUUUCAAGAGGGGAUUAACCAAACAACGUCCGUUGUCAGGCGACAGACGCAGAAGAAAAGAGAUGGAGGAAAAUGGAAAUAAGGAAGAGGCUGCCGAUGCUGCGGCUGCUGAUGAUGAUGAGGAUGGAGAUUGGAAUGGGAAUGAGGCUGAGAACUACGUGAUGGAAAAAUAUGAGUUAAAAUUUGAGGUUGAGGAUGAUGACAGUCUGGAGGCGGCAGGGUAG